AUGAACGGUGCAGGGAGACAGGGGCUGAGAUCUGGUGCCACGGGGGUGCACCACCAGCGCCAGCACUCCGACAACUUUCUCGACGGCUCCUCCAACGGCAACAGAUGGCUCCAGUCGGCUGGCCUUCAACAUCUCCAAUCAUCCGCCAAUCCCAUUCCUCCGCUUCAGGACUAUAACAUGUACGGCGGUGGCGGUGGAGCGCAGGGAGGAAGAAUGUACAGGAAUGCGCCGCAGAGGGGCUUCAAUGGAGGAACUGAGUAUUACGUGGAGCCAUCCACGCCUCCCGGCGGUUACCGUGCCUCGACGCAGAAAAAAAAUGGUGAAGAUUCGCCCGGCGAUUUCAGCCCCGGCUUGUUGGAUCUGCAUUCAUUCGACACUGAGCUUCUUCCCGAGAUGCCAGCCUCCAAUGCAUAUGAUGCCAAUGCUCUGUUUCAACCUGGCCGGGGUAGAAGCUUUGAUGACUCUGAACCUUACAUGUUGAGCAAACAGACUGGCAGAGCUCGUGCUCCUGAAAACAUAUUGAAAAGUUUUCCUGCAGACAAAGAGAAAUCUAAUACUGUGGCAAAGAUUAAAGUUGUGGUUCGUAAGAGACCAAUGAACAAGAAGGAAUUAACAAAGAAUGAGGAAGACAUUAUAGAAACAUAUUCCAAUUCUUUAACAGUUCAUGAAACUAAAUUAAAGGUCGAUCUAACUCAGUAUGUAGAGAAGCAUGAAUUUGUUUUUGAUGCUGUUUUGAAUGAAGAGGUUACAAAUGAUGAGGUGUAUCGUGAAACGGUAGAGCCCAUAGUUCCAAUAAUCUUUGAACGCACUAAGGCAACUUGCUUUGCAUAUGGGCAAACAGGAAGUGGAAAAACUUACACAAUGAAGCCACUGCCACUUAAAGCAUCAAGGGACAUCCUUAGAUUGAUGCAUCAUACUUACAGGAAUCAGGGAUUUCAAUUGUUUGUGAGUUUCUUUGAAAUAUAUGGUGGGAAGCUCUUUGAUCUCCUUAAUGAUCGAAAAAAACUUUGUAUGAGAGAGGAUGGUAAGCAGCAAGUUUGCAUUGUGGGUUUGCAAGAGUACCGUGUAUCAGAUGUGGAGAAUAUCAAAGAACUGAUUGAGAGAGGAAGUUCCACAAGAAGUACAGGCACCACGGGUGCAAACGAGGAAUCUUCACGGUCACAUGCAAUCCUUCAGCUUGCUAUCAAGAGAUCAAUUGAUGGCAAUGAAUCCAAACCUCCUCGUUUGGUUGGCAAGCUCUCCUUCAUAGAUCUUGCUGGAAGCGAACGUGGAGCAGAUACUACAGAUAAUGACAAACAGACAAGGAUUGAAGGUGCUGAAAUCAAUAAGAGCUUACUUGCCCUAAAGGAAUGCAUAAGAGCUCUUGAUAAUGACCAAGGACACAUCCCUUUCAGAGGCAGUAAACUGACUGAAGUUUUGAGGGAUUCAUUUGUUGGCAAUUCCCGCACUGUUAUGAUAUCAUGCAUAUCACCAAGCUCUGGUUCAUGCGAACAUACACUGAACACAUUAAGAUAUGCAGACAGGGUAAAAAGCCUAUCAAAAGGAAACACUUCAAAGAAAGAUGUUUUAUCAUCAAAUUUCAACCUUAAAGAAUCAACUGCCGUUCCCUUGUCUUCUGUUACUGGAUUGGCCUAUGAGGAUCGCCCAACUGAUGCAUGGAAUGAUGAGAAUGAAGGGGAUGAUUUUAGCCCCCCUGAAGAGUAUUAUGAGCAGGUGAAACCAUCAUUGAAGAAAAAUGGAAAGAUGGAGUUAUAUGCUGCAACUGAUGACAAAUUGAAGAAACAAAGUGGUCAGAUCAAAUGGAAGGACCUCCCGAAAGUUGAUCCUCAAAUCACACAUAAUGAGGAUGAUUUAAAUGCCCUCUUACAGGAAGAAGAGGACCUUGUAAAUGCUCACCGUACCCAAGUGGAAGAGACCAUGAACAUUGUUAGAGAGGAGAUGAACCUCCUGGUUGAAGCAGAUCAACCAGGGAAUCAGCUGGAUGAUUAUAUAACAAGACUAAAUGCCAUUCUUUCUCAGAAGGCUGCUGGCAUCCUGCAGCUGCAAACCCGUUUAGCUCAUUUUCAGAAACGUUUAAAGGAGCACAAUGUUUUGGUUUCAUCUACUGGAUACUAAUAUCAUUUAAAACAGAUUCGCUGGUGAAAGUGUUUCAAUCCUGUGGUUGAGAUCGUGUAUUUGUGUGAUUCAGCCUGGAGAUUAUGUGAGAUCUGGGAUACGAUGUGACACUCAUAAUAGUCGAUUCAUCUAUUAUUUUGUGCCUUGGCUAUUCUCCUCGGGAUCAGAAACUGGAGUUUGGAGUCUUCAUUUUUUUUUCUUUACCCGACCAAGAAUGUAGACAUGUAUUGGUUUUACUUGCCUCUGUCGAGGCAAUGUAUCAAUGUAUAAAGCGCUCUCUUGUUAGAAAUUUAAUAUAAAAACCAUUUAUUGUCUUCACUUAUUUAAACUUUUUGGGAUGUUUGGUUCAUGACAGUAUCAGAGCCUCAACGAGACUAUGACUAUGACUAUAAAAAGUUAAAUUUCAAUGGUAGGUAGGUGGGUGGGCCCCCUGUAUGUAGGCUCGUGAACGACCUCAAAAGACUCGGGUGGAGGGAAUGUGUUAGAAAUAUAUUAUAAAACUGUUCAUGUGCUUUCAUCUAAUAACUCAAGUCUUUGGGAUAUUUGGUGUACGAAAAAACUGAUGUUUGAUUUAUCAAUGGAGUAGUUCUUUUUUCUUGAUGAGUAGUUUCCUAACUUACUUAUUCUGCAAUGGGUUGUCUGUGUGUGAAUGAUUCAGUUCAUAUAAUUGUAAUUCACGUUAUAGACACCACCUGUUGUAAAUAAAUCGUGGUUUGCAAUU